AAAGAGUCCGACAGGUACAAAUUUGACAGGUGUGUUUACACGCCUAGGACCGUAAGACUUUUUAGAGUUUAGACGCUGCUUUAUGUAGAGUAAGCGAAGCAGCAGUCAGCUGACCAGUUCUAGUGGUCAAGUGCAUUUCGAUCAAAAUCACACGAGCACCAUGAAAUCAUAUCCCGACGAUCGAAGGUAUGUUCGGAACAAUAUCAUAGCUAGUGUCAUCGUGUGUGUAGCGUUAUGUUUACUCGGAUUCAUGCUACUUCCCGCACCCACGCCACGACUAGAGACGGUGUCGAUGAGAAUUAUAUACUGUCUACGCUGGCAAAUUUGGCCCGUCCUAACACUUACUGCAGGUAUCUCUACGGUUGCCCACAUGCGGUUCUUCACCAGCGCCAUCGACCCUAUAGAGGGCCGUGGGGAACACCUCCUUGAGGUACACAAACGAUACAUACAGAACACAAUGGAACAGCUCACGUUACAUAUAUUGUCCUCCAUUCUUCUAUCAUCAUUCCUCUCACCAGAAUCAAUGACAAUCAUACCGAUCCGCGUGUUUCUGUUUGUCCUUGGCCGAGUGACGUUUUGGUACGGUUACAUGAAGUCCCCGGUAAAGAGGGCCUUUGGUUUCCAGAUGACGUUCGGCCCCAGUGUUGCAUCGUUGUUAUACUGUGCGUUCUGUUUUUGUAAUUCAGGUCCUGCGUUUGGUCUACACGAAACCUGAGGCACGUGACACAUCAUUUUAGCUUUGACUUUAAAUAAUAUCUACUGUGGCAGCAAAGCAGGAGACCAAAUGCUACGUACCACAGGGACCAGAUAAUUUGUUACAGCUAUAUAGAUUUAAAAAUUAUCAGGUCCCUGUGCUUCAUACAAGAUGCAGCACUGCGGUAUGAAUAGAUGAAACAAUAGGACUGCAAAGACACGCAUACCUCACGAUACGAUACGUAUCGCGGUACGAUGCUUACGACACGAUACGUACCACGAUACAAAUAUCUGCUUAAAAGGUCAACUUUAUGAUGACUAAGUGCAGGAUUUUAUCGAGUUUUGUCAUAGCCUUCAAUACAUACUAUCAAAAUAUAUUUUUGUUUAAUUUUUAGUACGUUUUGGUAUGACUGCUAAGUGAACCACAUCUUUACUGAAGGAUUAAAAAAAAUAAGAACACUUUUUAGAGUUUGAUAAACUUUGGUUGAUUAUUUAAGUUCUGUAAAUGUAUCGCGAUACAGGCAGACAGAACAAAUCGAUACGAUACACAAGAAAGUAUCGCGAUACGAUACGAUAUGUCGUAGCAGUCCAAGAGGACAAAUGAUCUUAUUUGAUAGAAAACGUAAGACUACAUCAUAUACACGCGUAUAACUGUCUGUGUAGCACAAUAACACAAUGCUUUUUCAAUGAAUUGAUUGCUGGGUAACCACUGGAAUAACAGUGUAGAAACUCGGAUGUGUUGAGGUACUGACAUUGGGAUGCUGGUCUAAGGCGGUAUUCUGAGUGUGAAAAUACAAUGGGGCAAGAUGCUGAUUCGAACCCAAAACCUGGACCACUGAUCAUCAUUCUGUCGCUCUAACCAACUCGGCUACUUUGUCAACGGUACUUCGAAGUUUCUCUUUGAUUGAAUUAAAAUCCUGUUGAUACCGAAAACUAACAGGAAGGUUCCUUCCUGUUCGGACUGAAAAGACAUAUAUCUAAAAUACAUAUAUAAUGGGCACUAGAUGAAAUGCGAUUUUUAUGAUACAUUUCUUCAUAUAAAAGAGUCGGUUUUGCCAAAUAACAUUUUAUGUUUAUAAAAUACCAUGAUUAUCUUUCUCGUGUCCGUGGAAAUAAUGUGAUUUAGAGGAAUGUAUAGUAGUCAACACAGUAUACUGACGUACAGGUAGGAAACACCAACAUGUGAUAGUAUCUAUUGAAUAACUCCACCGGAAACAAGGAACAUCUUACAAGUGGUGGAAUUCUUUUUGUAAGAAAAUGUGCAUACAAUGAUGUGUUGACAUUUACAUACAAUAUGUAAACUAAAAUGUGUAUGUAAAUCGAUGUAUGUACAUGUAGUUAGUUGUUCUCCUAAAGAUAUAUAUUUAGUAUCUGUUUUAAUACAACCUUGCCAGUGUAAAUAAUUACGGGUUAAUAACUACAGCUGCUAUGAUCAGGUUAUGAGAACCGUUAAACCUCGUUAUAACGCCUUAUCUUGUUUUUUUUGUUUUUUUUUAAAUGGUGUUAUAAAGCUGUUUGGCGAUGAGUUGAGGGAAACGUAUAAAUAAUACUGAAUACUACUAUACAUUCCUCUAAAUUACAUUUACAUACAAUAAAGUAAAACGAUCUUAAAAAGCAAACGUAUAUGUUGGCGGUAAGUGAGGUGGGAAUGGAACGAGGGGCAUUAUAUCGAGGUUUUGCUGCAGUAAAGUAAAUAGCAGACAAACAAAUUGCAUGAUGAUAGGAUAUACACCGAUCUGUCGAACGUAAACUUUGAAUGUUAAAGAUCAGCUUUGCCUUUAACCCUUUCGUUCGUUCGAUGCCAUUUUUAUCUUUGAUUUUGUCGACCAUUUCCUGGCCCUAAUAACAUCUACUUUGUUGAGGGCCCAUGCCGUUAAGCACGUUAUACUAAUAAUAUGUUAUCUUUGAAAUCUGGAUAUCAGCGUUCGGAAGAAAACACUGUCGACUUUCGUGAAGAAACGUAACGUAAGCCCAUUAUAGAAAGAUGCGUUAAAUUAAUAUACGCAUACCGCAACGAAAACAACCAUGUUCAUUAUUAGAUUUUAUUAUAAAUUUUACAAUAACGGAAGUGACGUUCUAACUGAUCAGUGGGCAUUACCAAGAGGAUAACGUAGAUGGUCCUCAUGCUAACUAUUAUUGGUUAAAUAUACUUACCUUUUUAAUGAAUAAUACAUUUUUGUUGUUUAGGAAAUAAAACUCUAUUUGAAAAGUGAGGUUUUGUUUUAUUGACACGAAUUACUUAAUUUACCGUAAAACACAUUUCGAGGGUGCUACAAACACCGUGUUCAUGAAGAAUUUUAGGUGAUUUACGGUAACGAUACAUGUUACUACCAGAUCAGGAACAUCGGCUGUAUUCGGCAGUUUCU